AUGAUGCGGCGCGGGCAGCGUCCACGUUUGCUGGUCGCCCUGCUGCUCGCCGCGUCCAAAGCCUCGGCCCCGGGCGGCUGCCCCCGCGCGCACCCGGCGCGCGCGAAUCCGAACGUCGCCGUGUGCCUCGCGGGCCACGCGCGCACCUUCGCGAGCGCCGCCGUGCAGGACGGCCUGCUGCGCCACCUCUACCGCGGCGCCUUCGGCGCCAACUUCACGACGUUCCUCUACCUCAAGCUCCACGACCAGAGCACCAAGGGCGCGACCUUCGAGGAGAACCAGCGCACGGGCAUCCACAGCACUCACCAGAACGCGUCGCACGUCGCCGAGUGGGGGCGAAAACUUCCGAACCUCGCGGCCAUGGAGGUGCUCACGCACCACGUCCGAUUCACGAACCCGGACCGCUGCGGCGGCGGCGAGUUCGUGCGCGACAACAGCACGGGCGACGCCUGGCGCACGGAGGAGACGUUCCAGAUGCUCAUCGGCCAGAUCUACAACGAGUACUGGUGCGGCGAAGCGAUCAGCAACUACACGGCGGAAACCGGCACGGCUUUCGAUCUCGUUAUCAAGUCGCGGCCCGACGUGACCUUCACGUCGCCCAUGCCGAGAUGGUGCGCCUACGACCUGGAGAAGGCCUGCUCCGCGCGCGACUGGCUCUUUUUGCUGCCGGGGUCCGUCGCCGUCGCCGCGCUCAACAGGGCAGCAAAAGAGAGCGAAAUUCCCAACUUCAAAGGCUCCUAUCUCGGCCAUUUUCCACUCGCGCUCAAGCGCGCGUGGCGCGAGUUCCAGGAGUGCAAGACCAUCGUCAACCAGAACCGGACGCGCGUCGCGGAGAUCUUCGUGCGCGCGAGCGGCAUGGGCAAGGAGCUCAAGCCCCACAUGGGCGAGCCCGACGCGAAUUGCCGGCCGAAGCGCAAGGGCGCGGACACGCCCAACUGCACGCGGCCCGACGUCAUGCUGCGCCUCAUCCGCAAGCGCGACGGCCUCUCCGGGUCCAUCCCCGGCGCCAUCCCGAAGGCGUGCGGCUUCUAA